UGCGUAGCUACCCUCCGCUGUUCGCGCGCACCGACAGCACCCGAGAGGAACUGCGGCGGCGACCAUGGCAGCCUCGGCGCUGGCGGUACGGGCGCGGCUCGGCGUGUGGGGCGUGAGGGCCGCGCAGGCCCGCGGGUUCAGCUCCAGCCAGCCUGAUGAUCUCGACCGGGGCGCGGGCUCGAUCCGGGAAGCCGGCGGGGCCUUCGGGAAGAGGGAGCAGGCCGAGGAGGAGCGUUACUUCCGGGCGCAGACUAAGCAGCAGCUGGCAGCCCUGAGGAAACACCACGAGGAAGAGAUUGCCCAUCAUCAGAAGGAGAUUGAGCGUCUGCAGAAGGCGAUCCAGCGGCACAAGGAGAAGAUCAAAGUGCUAAAACAGGAUGAUUAAGCGCACACAGCCCGGCAGAGGGGCACACUGCCCUGUAGGCCUGGGUCUGCUUUGCUUCAGGCUGUCUGUGUGCUGCCGACAAUAUAAUAAAUUGUCCUGCUGACCUGUG